AUGGUGCUAUCCGACCGCGUCGCGCGAUCUUCAGCAAGAGAUGGACAAGGGUGUGACAGCAAGAAGCCGCGGGGGAGGUACGAUGGUCCUUUCGGCGGCAUGAACCAGACGACUCCCCCGGCGCGAGACCCGAGACCGUCGUUCCGAAGCAUUCGCGAUGAUGGCAAAGACAAUAGGCACAAGAAGGACGAUCGGCGAACCAAGGCUAUGAAGAUGCAAAGCUCCCUGGCGACAGUGUCGUAUGGCCAAAGGUCACGGACGAAAGCAAGCAUCAGCGAAGUCGAAACGUUCGACAAGUUCAAACUCAUACCCGCGCUCAAACAGGCCGUCUCGGAGGAAGUGCUGAAAGGCAUGGUGGACAUCAAGCCGACCCCUGUUCAAAGACUGGCGAUACCAGCACUCUUGGGACAGGAAACAGGGAGGCGAUCAAGAUCCAAGGACACAUCAGGGAGGCAGGAGUUUCUGCUGGCCGCCGAGACGGGCUCGGGCAAGACCCUAGCCUACCUCCUACCGGUAGUAAAUGCUCUGAAGGAAGCAGAAGCAGCCGAUGCUGGCCUUGCCACCUACCGUGAAUACUUCGAGAAGCAGAUGGCAGCGAUGAAGGAGCCCGGGUACACGGGGCCUCGCGAAUUCGACCCCCAUCCCACUACCGCACGACCCAAAGUUAUCGUGCUUGUACCAACCGCCGAGCUGGUGGACCAGGUAGGCGCUGUUGCGAAGGCCCUUUCGCACGCGGCCAAGUUCAAGGCCAGCAUGUACUCGGCCAAUGUAUCGGCAAAGGUCAUCAAUAUGAACAUGUAUUCUCCCAAGGGUAUCGAUCUGGUAAUCGCCACCCCUCAUCUGCUUGCCUCCAUGGCAGAUUCCGACCCAUACAUUCUCUCUCGAGUCAGUCACAUGGUCAUCGAUGAGGCCGACUCCCUUUUCGAUCGCAGCUUCUCCCCUGUGACGACGUCCAUUCUGGACCGAGCGUUGCCCACUGUCAAGCAGCUGAUCCUCUGCUCCGCUACGAUCCCCAAUCGUUUGGACAACCUCCUAGCCUCACAGUUCCCGGACAUGACACGUAUCACCACACCGAAUCUCCACGCCAUCCCUCGCCGGGUCCAGCUUGGCGUCAUCGACGUAAUGAAAGACCCAUAUCGCAACAACAAAGAUCUAGCCUGUGCCGAGGCCAUCUGGUCCAUUGGCAAAGACGCCGCCCGACACGAAGGGUCCGUCCCGGGAGAAGUCGAUGUGAAACGAAUCCUCGUGUUUGUCAACGAGCGCGAGAAGACUCAGGAGGUCGCCGAGUACCUGGUCUCCAAGGGCAUCGACGCUGUAGCCCUCCACCGAGACACCGAGGAGAGCCGGCAGUCCGAGAUGUUGGAGUCUUUCACGAGUGCCGAGCCGAUCAAGACCAAGGUCGAUAGUUCUGCUGUGCCUGCCCCUGGGAAGGGAAGGCGGUCUUUGCCGAACACUAAAGUCAUUGUGGCUACUGAUCUGGCUUCGAGAGGCAUCGAUACUCUAGCGGUGCGACACGUCAUUCUGUACGAUGUCCCGCAUACUACCAUCGAUUUCAUCCACCGCCUCGGUCGUGCAGGCCGUAUGGGCAGACGUGGACGGGGCAUUGUACUAGUAGGCAGGGCCGACAGGCGAGAUAUCGUCGCUGAGGUCAGGGAGAGCAUGUUCAUGGGCCAGGCGCUCAUAUAA